AUGGUAUCCUUCACCGUCCUCGUUACUUGUCUUUCUGGUGCAACAAUUGCUACAGCUUCAACUAUUCCCAAGCAAGGUUCCGCCUACGCGCCAAAACACUCAAAAUGCCCAUCGACACCACUUGUCCGGGGCGCGACAGGCAUCUCCACUGCUGAGUCUGACUACAUCACCCGGCGACAUGCCAAGGCUUCGACCGCGUUGAAGAAAUGGCUAAAGUCCGUGGAUAAUGGGUUCGAUUCAUCCACUAAGGAAUGGGCUUCGGAGAAGUAUGGAGACGCGCCUGUUGUUGCUCUCACAUCAAGUGGCGGCGGAUACAGAGCCAUGCUUAGUGGUGCUGGCGUCGUCAAGGCCUUUGACGGUCGUGAGAAGGUCAAGACUGGGGUCAGUGGCCUCUAUCAGGCUCUGACUUACGAAGCAGGCCUGUCAGGUGGCUCUUGGCUUCUGUCGUCGAUUGCAAGCAACGAUUACGCAACUGUCAGCUCGCUGCAGAAGAAGUUGUGGGAAGAGGCACUUCAGAGUAGUCUUCUUGUUCCAAGCAUCCUUGUCUCGCCUAAGAAAGAUCCUGUCUAUGAUACUGUUGAAGCAGAUAUCAAGGCGAAAAAGGCAGCUGGCUUUGAACCAACCAUCAUCGAUCCCUGGGGCCGACUUCUCGCGUACGGUCUUCUGCGAGGCCCUGAUGGAGGAGUGCGCGAGACCAUGUCCAGCAUUGCCCAAACCUCCAGCUUCAAGAACCAUGUCGUUCCAUACCCCAUCAUCACAGCUCUCGGCGUCGACCCUGGCUCUUGUAUCCCAGAGAGGAAUGGCACACAGUACGAAUUCCACCCGUACGAGUUUGGCUCAUGGGAUGCUGGAGUUGAAGCCUUUGCUGUCUCCAAGUAUGUCGGAACUACUUUCUCCAACGGCAAACCCACCAAGGACUGCAUCACCAACUAUGACCAACUGAGCUAUGUACUCGGAACGUCUUCGAAUGUCUUUGCGGCAGCAUGCUCACCCAUACCAGCCAAUAACUCCGCUGAUGCCUCACUGGUAGAGAACUUUGCCGCGUUGGUCUCUCCCCCUGGCACUGAAGUUUCAGUACGUCAGGGCUUCGGUCUCUUUCCCAACCCUUUCAAAGGUCGCAAAAAGUCUCCCGAAGUCACGGCUCUCAAAACUUUAGAACUUGUAGAUGGCGGUGUUGGAAUCGGCUACCAGGGUAACCCAAUCUGGCCAUUCCUGUACAGGAAGGAUGUAGACGUUAUCAUCGUCAACGAGAACUCAGCCGACACAGUGGAUCAUUAUCCCAACGGUACACAGAUCGUGAAUACCUACAAGGCGGCCAAAGCAGCAGGUUUGACACGUAUGCCAACAAUACCAUCUUCCGAGACCUUUGUCGCCAAGAAGUUGAACCAGAAGCCUACCUUCUUCGGUUGCAAUGAUAAGAAUGCGGCGACUAUUAUCUUCAUUCCCAACUUCAACUAUACAUACGAAAGCGGGCAGUCAACGAACAAGAUCCAGUAUUUCCGCAAUGAAACUGUUGGAAUGAUUGACAAUGGUGUGGAAGUUGGAAACUAUGGCGGCAAGAAGAACUGGCCUUUGUGUCUGGCAUGUGGUAUUAUGAAGAAGCAAGAUGGAAAAUUGCCCAAGGGGUGUUCGGCAUGCUUCAAAGAAUACUGCUUCAAUUAA